AUGGCUGGAGCAACGUCACUUACUAAUGAAGCCGUGGGAUCAUUACCAACGAAACCACCAAGCUUAUCACAUAAAGUGCUUGAUUUGUUUUCUUUGAAAGGAAAGGUUGCAUCAGUGACAGGUUCUUCAGGAGGAAUUGGUUAUGCUGUUGCAGAAGCUUAUGCUCUGGCUGGUGCAGAUGUUGCUAUCUGGUAUAAUUCAAGACCAGCUGAAGAUAAGGCAAAGGCCAUAAGUGAAAAACACGGGGUUAAGUGUAAAGCUUAUAAGUGUAACAUUUCUGACGCUGAAGAGGUUGAAAGAGUGGUUAACCAAAUUGAAAAGGAUUUUGGUACCAUUGAUAUAUUCGUUGCCAACGCUGGAAUUCCAUGGACAGAUGGCCCAUGUAUUGAUGUUGAAGGAUUAGACAGUUGGAAAAAGGUUAUCGAUUUAGACUUCAACGGAGUCUUCUAUUGUGCCAAGGCUGCAGGUAGAAUCUUUAAGAAACACGGAAAGGGUUCUUUAGUCAUCACUGCAUCAAUGUCUGGUCAUAUUGUGAAUGUACCACAAUUGCAAGCUCCAUAUAAUGCAGCUAAGGCUGCUUGCUUGCAUUUAGGUAAGUCCUUAGCUGUUGAAUGGGCUCCAUUUGCUAGAGUGAACACUAUUUCUCCAGGUUAUAUUGCAACCGAAAUCUCUGACUUUGUUCCCCAAGAAAUGAAAGAAAAGUGGUGGUCAUUAAUUCCUUUAGGAAGAGAAGGUCUUCCAGAAGAAUUAGUCGGUGCCUACUUGUAUUUGGCAUCUGAUGCAUCCACUUACACUACUGGUUCAGACAUAAUUGUCGAUGGUGGUUACUGUGUUCCAUAG